AUGUCGCUCGCCGAAUCUUCGUCGUCUGCGCUUCACCUCGACUUCCCCGCUAGCACUGGCUCGGGUGUGAUGCACUCGCGUUCCGUCACCGGCGUCCACGUGCACCCUGUCGCGCUCUUCUCGAUUCUUGACCACUACCUGCGCCGCAACGAUGGACAGCACCGGGUGAUUGGUACGCUGCUUGGUACCCGUACCGAGUCCGAGAUCGAGAUCAAGAACUGCUUUGCCGUUCCCCACUUGGAAGAUGAGGAGGAGGGUCAGGUUCAGGUCGACAUGGAAUACCACCGAAGCAUGUACGAGCUCUGCCAGAAGGUACGACCGGACGAGGUCAUCGUUGGUUGGUACGCUACCUCGCCAGAGCUCAACACGUACAGCGCACUCAUCCAGGACUUCUACUCGCGAGAGACCGCACCCCACCAGGCCGUGCACUUGACUUUGGAUACCUCGAUCGACAGCUCGAAAGCGUCUGGGCUCGGCAUUAAGUCGUACAUCUCGUCGCCGUUGGGCGCUACCCCCAAGGCCGAGAACUGCGUCUUCCUGCCCCUCCCCACCAACCUCUUGCACUCGACACCAGAGCACUCUUCGCUGUCGUUGCUCGCUUCUCAGAACAUCUCGUCGCCUUUGACGGACCUCGAUGCACUCGCCGUCAGUCUCAAGCAAGUGCAGUCACAACUCGACCGCGUUCUCACCUACGUGCGUGCCGUCAUCUCGGGAGAGAAGGAGGGCGACAAGGCCGUCGGUCGCUUCCUCAACGACACAAUCAGCGUUGUCCCUGCCGGCAUGGACGACAACAAGCUCGAGACGCUGUUCAACGCCCAUCUCCAGGAUGUGCUCAUGGUCUCGUACCUCGCCAACGUCGUGCGUGCCCAGGCCGAGGUUUCGUCGCGUCUCACUCUUCUCACUUAG